UACUCUCAGGCCUGUUUCUUCGAGGCUGUGUGUGAGAUGAGAAAUUUCAGAGAGACCACCAGUGAGCAAACCCCCAUUAACUCACUUGGAUCCAUAUAGGCAGGGUCUGCUGCAUAUAGUGGACUUUGAAAUUCAACACAAGUAUGGGUGGAGAAAAGCUGGUGGCUUGCAUAUUGGUCACUAUGUUAAGUCUGACACUAAUAAGGUCAGUGUAUGGUCAGCACAUGCCAGAAGAACCAUGCUCGGUCCAGAUCAUCGUCCCUGGACUCAAAGGUGAAGCAGGAGAGAAAGGAGAGAAAGGAUCACCUGGGAGACCUGGGAGAGUAGGGCCACCUGGAGAGCCAGGUCCUCUUGGAGUCAAAGGCCAAAAAGGUAGUGCUGGACGUCAUGGGAAGAUGGGUCCCGCUGGACUCAAAGGCAUAAAAGGUGAUAUGGGAGAUCCAGGACCUAAGGGCCCAAAUGGAGAGCCAGGCGUCCCCUGUGAGUGCACACCCUUACGGAAAAUGAUUGGUGAAAUGGAUAAUCAAGUGACACAAUUAACCGAUGAGCUGAAGUUCAUUAAAAAUGCCCUGCCCUCCCCCGCAGCUGUCGCGGGCAUCAAAGAGACAAACAGCAAGGUCUAUCUGCUGGUGAAGGAGGAAAAACGCUACAGGGACGCAGAGGUUUUUUGUCAGGGGCGAGGUGGACACCUGGCUAUGCCCAAAGAUGCAGCGGCUAACAGAGCGAUCGCUGGCUACGUCACUGAAGCUGGCCUCAGUAGAGUGUAUAUCGGCAUUAAUGACCUGGAGCGAGAAGGCCACUUUGUUUAUGUGGACCGUUCACCCAUGACCACUUUCAGCAAGUGGAGGGAGGGCAAGCCAAACAACGCUUAUGAUGACGAGGACUGCGUUGAGAUGGUGUCUUCAGGCGAGUGGAUUGACGUGGCUUGUCACCUCACUAUGUACUUUGUGUGUGAGUUUGACAAGGACACAGUAUGAGCUUCACUCUCAAUUCAGGCACGUUUUAAAUACUCUGGUAUUAAAGAAGACUGAAAUUUCAGUGAAAAAGGUACAGCACUAUAUCUGUUUUGUCAUCUUUGACAACAUUUUAAACAGUGACAGCA